AUGGAAGUUGCUGGACUCGUCUUCGGUGUUCUCCCUCUCGCCGCCCAGCUUUUCCAAUCCACCCUGGUCCUCUAUUCCCAGUACUCCGAUGCCCAAGAUGUCGGUAAGAUGUCCAACAAAUACCGGACAUUCCUCCAGAUCGAGCGGCACCGCUAUGAGAAUGUUGGAGUUUAUAUCGGCCUGCAGCAGACUGGUAGUCAGGGGACUCCCACGGUCCGCCUAAGCCCCGCAACUCUAAACCUUAUCCUCGACAUCUUGGCACACAUUGCCCAAGCUCUGCUCGAAACCCAAAAGCUCGAAACAAAAUACGGCUUCCACCGCAAUUCCUUUCCCUCCACAGGGGGGCUGUCGCGGAUGGGGACUUCCGCUUCCAGUUCUACACCCCCUACAAGCCCGCCGGACCCGCUGCCCGCCGCGGUAUCCAGCCGGCUGGAGCGUCACAUCAUGAUCACGCAAGAGGUCAAGAAAAGCGUGUCGCUCAUCUCCAGUCUGCGGUUCGCUAUAUGGGACAAACCCAAGUUCGAACAAUUCAUCAUGGAUCUCCGGGACCUCAAUGACGGGCUCGAGAAUGUUACCGGAUACCAAGCCCAGCUCCAGAGCCAGCUGAUGGUGCAGAUGCUGGACGUAAAAGCGGCCCAGGCCCUAUCCGAGCUCAGCAUAGAGACCGCGGCGGUCUACCCUACGCUUUCGGAGAUGGCCAAGCGGAAGGCGGCGUAUCUUGACAUGCGGGACCGACAGUUGCAGUUGCAGAAGACCGCCGGAGGCCCGCUACAGCCGGGGCAGGGGGUAGAGUUUAAGCUUAAUUAUGGUGAGCUCAUUAUGCGGAAGGAAUCGCAUUCGACCGGGCGGACGUUUGGGACAUACAAGGGUACGCCUAUCAUGGUUGAAUGGAAGCUUCUCGAAGAGAAGUUCUAUGACGAGAAUAUCUCAAGGGUGCAAGAUAUGGCAUGGUUUCUGGCAAAGAGUAGUGUCACCCAGGAUGAUACUCUAUCUCCUUCCCAUUUACUAGGAUGCAUGGGCUACUCUCUCAAGCCCGGCCAAACAGAGCGUGUCGCCAUUGUCUACAAGACAUGCGAAACAAAUCACGCCACGCUCCACGAUAUGAUCACCGACGAAGCCUACACCGACCUCAAUCUCGGCACCCGCUUCCGCCUAGCGCUCUCCCUCGCCGAGUGCAUCUUCCACCUACAUCUCACCGGCUGGCUGCACAAGGGCCUCCGGAGCACCAACGUUAUCAUCCGCGGCGACGCCUCCUCCCAGAGCGGCGACGGGCCUAAAGCCCUCCGGGCCUACCUCGCCGGCUUCACCACCGCCCGCCUCGACGGCGCUGCCGAGCGCUCCGAGAAGAUCGACACCGACGCCCACUCAGACCUCUACCACCACCCGCAGUACCAGUCCGCAACCAGGGACGAGAACAGGUAUACGCGCCAGUACGACAUCUACAGCCUUGGGCUGCUCCUGCUGGAGGUGGGGGCGUGGCAGCUGGUCAAAGACGGCGGGUCGUACAAGCCGAAGGGACACAACCCGGCGCGGUUUCUCAACAGGCUGCUUAAGGGGCCGGUGGAGAGCUUGCGCUUUACGAUGGGUAAUGCGUACAGGAGAGCGGUGCUGUGGUGCCUUCAGGGGCAGUUUGAGGCGAGGGGCGGCGGCGGGGGGCGGGACUUUGGGGCGCUGGCGGAGGCGGAGAUGUCGACGGUGUUUUGGGAGAAGGUUAUGCUAGAGUUGGUUAAGAGCUCAGUUGAGGAGUAG